AUGGGCUGUGGAUCAUCGGUCCAAUCGAUUAUUCCAGAUCAAGAUGCGAAUGUUACCAAAGCUCCCAACAGCAGGGCGAGCAAGGUGGACGAAUUCGACAAGGGGCGCCAUGGGAAGUUUUCAGUGACGAGUUCAGAAGCCCCCUCCAAGAGGCACGAGAUGAAGGGGGGCAGUGCUUGGAAGCUGAGCCCUGAGCAAGCUGUGCGCUUGCGUGCUUUCUUUGAUAAGACCUCCUCCUCUCCUUCCCCUUCCGCGAUCGCCAACGACCUCGGAGUUUUCCACGAAGAAUGCGGAGAGAUCCCGAUGCAACUCGGGCUGAGCUCGGAUGUGUUUGUGGACAGGCCACGUUCGUCGUCUACGACCUUGGCCGAGUGCAUCCCCGAAGGAUCCCCUGACAACCCCUUACAGUUCCUGCAGAGCUCAUCCUUGGAGGACGUGGCGAUGUGGUGCCAGGGUGUCGUGGCGUCGAGGCUGGCGGAGAGCUUCUUGAGCUUGAAGAACCUCCUGCAGGCCGAGGAGGAAGCCUCCCGCCUCCUUGAGGGCGCCAGCGAGCCGAUCAACGACAAGUUCUGUGUCGCAGAGUUCGGGAAACUGGAGGAGUUCCACAAGGGGCUGCUGGAGAGGAUAGGGUAUCCCAUGCUCAACUUCUACGAUGGGAUGCAGCAGGAGCACUGCGAGAGGGCAGACUCGAGGGACACAUUCAGGACGCCCAACUACCUGCUCGAGACCUCUCCUGCUCAGGAGUGGAGGGCGGUCACAGAGGAGGAGGAGCGAGUCAAGGCGUGCCAGGGGAAGAGGAUCGUGAGGAGUGUAGAGCAGCUGAUGGGCGAGGAGGCGGUGUACCCAGGAGAGGACGAGAUCUUGUAUCCUCCCCUCUCGUACCUUGAGGUCGUGGGGAAGCCGCGGGUGGAGCUGGUCAAGUAUGCGUUGGAGGAAGGGAAGGUAGUCCAGCUCCUCGUUCGGGUAGUGCCGACCAAGAUCAGCACGAACUCGUCGUGCUCAACCAUCGAAGACAUGAUCUCCCGACGGAAGAACCUCUACGUCGCUGUGAUGAGGAAUGUUGAGGAGACGUGA